AUGGACCAGAGGGAAAUUCUGCAGAAGUUCCUGGGUGAGGCCCAGAGCAAGAAACUUAACAGAGAGGCGUUCGCCAGUGAAUUUCUGACGCUGAAAAGACUAGCCACCAAGUACAAGGCAGACAGAACCUAUCCCACAGCUGUGGCUGAGAGGCCCAAGAAUAUCAAGAAAAACAGAUAUAAGGAUAUCUUGCCCUAUGAUCAUAGCCGAGUAGAGCUGUCCCUAAUAACCUCUGACGAGGAUUCCAAUUACAUCAAUGCCAACUUCAUUAAGGGAGUUUAUGGACCCCACGCUUAUAUUGCCACCCAGGGACCUUUGCCUACAACUCUCCUGGACUUCUGGAGGAUGCUUUGGGAAUACGGUGUCCUGAUCAUUGUCAUGGCCUGCAUGGAGUUUGAAAUGGGGAAGAAAAAGUGUGAGCGCUACUGGGCUGAGCCGGGAGAGAUGGCCCUGCACAUUGGCCCCUUCUCCAUCUCCUGUGAAGCUGAAAAUAGAAAAUCUGAUUACACAAUCAGGACUCUAAAAGUCAAGUUCAACAGUGAAACUCGGACCAUCUACCAGUUUCAUUACAAGAACUGGCCAGACCAUGAUGUGCCUUCAUCUAUAGACCCGAUUCUUGAGCUCAUCUGGGAUGUGCGUUGUUACCAAGAGGAUGACAGUGUCCCCAUAUGCAUUCACUGCAGUGCCGGCUGCGGAAGGACUGGUGUUAUCUGUGCUAUCGAUUACACGUGGAUGCUGCUAAAAGACGGGAUAAUUCCUGAGAACUUCAGUGUUUUUAGUUUGAUCCAGGAAAUGCGAACACAGAGGCCUUCACUGGUUCAAACUCAGGAACAGUAUGAACUGGUCUACAAAGCCGUCACAGAACUAUUUAAGAGACAGAUGGAUGUGAUCGGAGAUGGACACUCGGGAACAGAGAUUCAAGUGAAGUACUCAGUUCCUGAGCAAAAUCCCAGUCCAGAAGUUUGUUCUCCCAAUUUACCAAAAAGCAGCAUAACAGGAGCAAAAAUGAUGAGCCCACAGGGCAGACAGAGGACAGGGGUGGAAAGCGCUGAUGCUUCCCCCUUUGACCCGAGGACUUGUGAGCGAAGGGAAAAGGGAGGGUUAGCUUUGCACCCUGCUCACCACAACAGCUCCUUUGAGUUCUUGGAGCUCAACUGCGGUUGUAACAACAGCGCUGACACAGCAGAGAAAUGGGAGACCAAGGCCCUUCCCAUAGCCGGGGAGCCUCUCCAGAAGCAUCAGAGCCUGAGCUCGGUCCUCUUUGGAGCAGGCCCCGAUUCUAAACCUGCAAAUGCCACAGGAAGGUACUUCAACGCCAGGGGGCCCAUAACACGGACCAAAUCCACCCCGUUUGAACUGAUACAACAGAGGGACCCCACCGAGCUGGACAUCAGGGACAGUUUGUGUUAUUUGGACCCUCGGCCGAGCAGUCCUGGUCUCGGGCAGGCUGGGAAAGCGAGGCAGGUCGCCUCGGCCGAGCUGAACGAUGCGCUGGCCCAGGGCUCCAGGCACCGCGUGUGGAGCGCGGCCAAUGCUGAGCAGCAGGCCCCGGGCGCUGGCACUGUGCGCCCCUGCGUGCCCUCGGUGCCAGGCCCUGGCUUCCCGCCGCUGUCUCCCCGAGGGGCUGGCUCUGAGAUGUCUGUGGAUUUACCUGGGAAGCAGCAGAGAGCAGUGCUACCUUGCUCUUCGAUGCCAGCAUCCUCUGCGCCCCUAUUUGCUUGUUAUGACUCACACAAUUCUUUAGCUCUGAACCCUCCAGCCAGCUUCGCCCCCGCACUGCUCCAGGACAUAGCCCACGUCGCAGCUUCUCCAAGAACAGACGAUGAGAUGCCCCCUCCGCUUCCUGAACGGACACCUGAGUCUUUUAUUGUGGUCGAGGCGGCUGGUGAGUCAGCGAGUGGGACAGAACUUUUAAGUGAUGGGUGUUUUUGCUUGUCCUGCACUCUUGUCACCACAGAUCUGCAUGAAGGUCGCUCCUCGCCCUCGCCCCCGCCCCCGCUCCCAGAGAGGACCCGGGAGUCCUUCCUCCUGGCUGAUGAAGACUGUACGCAGGCCCAACCCAUAGAGACGUAUUCUACUAGCUGUCCUAACACCAUGGAAAAUUCAGUGUCUUCAAAACAGACACCGAAGACUACUGGAAAAUGUUUCACAAGGAGUAAGAGCUUGAAAAUUUUGCGGAACAUGAAAAAGAGCCUCUGUAACUCCCCAGCACCACACAAGCCUGCGGACUCUGUUCAGCCAACUAACUCCAGCUCCCUACUGAAUUUUGGUUUUGCAAAUCGUUUUUCAAAACCCAAAGGACCAAGGAAACCACCGUCAAGUUGGAAUAUUUAACAGAACCUUGGACUACAGGCUGCAGGUGCACCUGCAAAGAACUUCCAGGACAUGGCGAGCUAAAACAAGUGUUCUCUAUUCAUAACGUCAACAGUGCAGCUGUGGUAACGUGGCAAUAGCUUUUAUAAAGGAAAAGCAAUACGCAAAUGGUGCCAGAAGUUUUACACUUACUCUCAUUCACACGGGUUCGGAAACAACAGAAAAAAGCUUGUCUCUUCAGGGUAUGUGGAGAAUGCUGUCAGAGAAAGUUUGGGAAUGGACUUUUCAUUUUUGGAAGUUAUUUUUGACUUGACUUUACUUUUCUAUAUAAACUUCAAAAGAUUUGUUAGAAAUAGAUCUUGAUUAAAUGUCUACAUUGCCAGAAUUUACUGUAAGAAGCGUUUUUGUUUUUUAAAUCUUAUCUUGUGGCUGCAAUACAAAAUUACUGCUUGUGACAGUGAUUUUGCCUGGGGAGUUAUUUUUGCCUAAAUGGAGUAUACCUUGAACAUCUCCCCAAAUGUUGUGGGAAACAAGAAGUUAUAUUUAAGAGAAUAAAAUAUGUACACAAUGACUGUAAUCUUAUUUAUAUAUAUAUCAACUAACAAGAUGUUCAGUUACAUUCCUGCUAAGUUUUAACCAAAGUUACUCAAUUGCCCAGUCUACAAGAACGACCAACAAAAAUAGCUACUUUUGGUAGCCUUUUCAUUUCGAAGGUUCUGCGUAAACACGUGCCACUUACGUCCAACCCACCGGAGGCGUUACUAGUUAAAAAACUUUUUUCUACAUGAAUGUGGAUCUGACACAUUUUAAGAAUACCUGAUCUUUCAAAUCUAGUUUUACCUAACAAAUAAGGUAGGGGGCAAUUACUACAAAGGGUUCUCCAGAGUUCUCGGAAAUGAUUUUUUUUUUUUAAUUUAAAAAAA